GUUUUAUGGGAGGGUUUUUAAUCAAACUGAUAUGAGCUCUGCCAGCCUUUAAAACACAGAUCUGAAGAUGCAGAGGUGAGAAGCACGGUAUCAAGGAUACAGCGAUCUGUAAAGCCAUGGCCUCCAGUCUUCCUCUCCUCCUGCUGGUCUUGUGCGGUCUGGGCGUGGCUCAGUCCAGGCUGAAGGUGUACAACAUGCGGGCCACUUGUCUUCCCUCUGACCUGUUGGGAAUCACAGACGGCUACGUCAAGGUGUUCUGUGGCUCAGCUUCUCUGGGUACGACAGCUGUCCGUAAGGACAAUGCCAACCCCUGGUGGGAGGAGGAGUUCUCCUACUUCAAGGCCCAGCAGAACGACGUACUGAGGCUGGAGGUACAUGACAGCGACAUCUUCUUCGAUGAUCUGCUGGGAGUCUGCCAGCGUCAGAUCAAAUACGGAACCUAUGAGCACGAAUGCUACCUGGAGAAAGGUGGCACCCUCCGCUACACCUACAGCCUCAGCAGUCAUUAGGCAUGUGUCUGACCUUUAGUCUUCACAUGCAACCCACAUCUCUCAGAUGAGGAAUGUUAAUGUAUGAUUUCUAAGAGACUACCUGUGGGUUCUUAGGUUCUCUGUUCCAAAUCUAUGAUUCAUCAAUUAGGAUUAUACACAAAAAAACCUCAAAAAAAUCAAUAAACUUUCUUCUGGUGCCUUUGUCACACUUUGUCAUUGGCUGUUUUACCCCUGUUUCAAAUGAACAAUAAACUGUGCUGCAACAACCAAA